AUGGCGGUGGUGGUGGCGGCGGCGUCGUGGUGUGCUCUUCGCGCCGCUCCCCUCACACUGGACUGUGCGGGGCUCGUGCCGUCGUGCUGCCCCUGUCGGGCUUCGUCUCCGCCUCUCGCCGCUCCGCCUUCCUCUUUCCUUUCUCCUCCUCCGCCGCCGCUGCCGGCGCUGGAGUUCCGACUAAGUCUUCCUUCUCCUCCUCCCUCUGCCUCCUCCCCUAAGGCCAGGCGCCGGCUCCUUCACGAACCAAAACACAAACACUCAAGUCCCACCGCCGGAGCCACUUCCGCUGCCCGGUGCCGGCCCCGCCGCCACGUCGCUGCACGCAGCGAACUGCGCCCCUUCGUCACUUCCCGUUAUCGCCAGUCAGCCGGCUCCAGCCGCUUCCCCGCCCCUUCCCGAAUCCCUCCCCGCCUAGGUUUGUUCGCGGGGCGGUGCGAGGCAGGAUGUCACGUGACACUGCGAGUGGCUCAGAUCCGAGCUGGCCGCCUUUCUCCCCUUCUUCAACCCCAGUCUGUCGCCCAGGCUGGCGUGCAAUGGUGCAAUGAUGGCUCACUGCCGUGUAGACCUCCUGGGGUCAAGUUAUCCUGCCACCUCAGCCUCUGAGAUAGCUGAGACUACAGAUGUGAGCCAUCAUGCUGGGCUAAUUGAAUUCUUGGCGUUAAGCAAUUCUCCUGCCUUGGCUUCCCAAAGUGUUGGGAUUACAGGUGAGUGACUAUGUCCAGACUCCUACACACUUUUAAAAAAUAUUUUUGGAUUUUAAGGGGUUUUCGUAGAGUUCUGGAAUCCUGUAAAUUCUUUACAAAUUCUGUUUUUUUCUUUUUUUUUUUUUUGAGAUGGAGUCUCACUCUGUCGCCAGGCUGGAGUGCAGUGGUGUGAUCUCGGCUUACUGCAACCUCCGCCUCCCAGGUUCAAGCGAUUCUCCUACCUCAGCCUCCCAAGUAGCUGGGACUACAGGCGCCUGCCAUCAGGCCCAGCUAAUUUUUGUGUUUUAAGUAGAAACGGGGUUUCACCAUGUUUGCCAGGAUGGUCUCGAACUCCUGACCUCGUGAUCCACCCGCCUCCACCUCCCAAAGUGCUGGGAUUACAGGCAUGAGCCACUGUGCCCGGCCGUUUUUUGUUUUUUGUUUUUAAAUGGAAUCUCACUCUGUUGUUCAGGGUUGAGUGUCGUGGCACCAUCAAGGCUCACUGCAACCUCCACCUCCGGGUUUAAGUGAUUCUCUUGCCUCAGCCUCCUGAGUGCUGGAAUUACAGGCGCCGGCCACCAUGCCCAGCUAAUUUUUAUAUUUUUAGUAGAGAUAGGGUUUCGCGAUGUUGGCUGGGCUGGUCUCAAACUCCUGACCUCAAGUGAUCCGCCUGCCUCAGCCUCCCAAAGUACUGGGAUUAAAGGUGUGAGCCACCGUGCCCAGCCUAAUUCAGUUCAAAUUCCAAGCUAGGUGUUUCAUAUCCUAUAUGUGUAGAACAUGACAAAUAUUUACCAAAUAUACGUUCAUUAAAAUCUGAAAGGUGAAACCUCAAUUAAAAAAAAAAUCUCCUACUUAAUAAAGUUUUAGUUUGCCACAUUA